AUGGACUCGGCCACAGACCAAACUAUCAUCCGUCAUGAGGUGGCAGAAGUGGCCUUUGGAUUUUACAGUGACGCUGAAAUCCGCGAUCUGAGUAUCAAACAACUCACAAGUCGUCUGAGCUUCGAUGCGCUCAAUAACCCAGUCGUUGGCGGUCUGUACGAUCCUGCGCUGGGCCCCAUAGACUUCAACAUGAUCUGUCCUACGUGUCACCAGACGCAGAAAGAAUGUCCAGGUCAUCUUGGACACCUUGAGCUUCCUGUGCCCGUGUACAACCCCGUGCUCUUCGGCCAGAUGCUCAACCUACUCAAGCGCAAGUGCUUUACAUGCCACAAGUUCCGCGUGGCUAGUGCGCGCUCGCGCGUGGUGCGUGUCAAGAUUUUGCUGCUGGACAAUGGCUAUGAAAACGAGGUAGACCAACUUGCCGAGCUACUCGAGCAACGCAACGGCGUGGAAGACGAGCCGCCACAGCGUACGUUUCAGCGUCAGCAGGCCAUUCUGGACGAGUACGAACGUCUUGCGUUGUCGAAGAGCAACAGCAUGAGCAAUGGUAGAUUGCGGCUGCUGCGUCCAUUACCUCGUCUUGCUGAAGUGACACGCGAGAAACUGGCAGCCGAGUUCCUGAAGGGAAUGAAAAACAAGUGCGAGAAUUGUGGAGCCAUUUCGCCUGCUAUUAGACAAGAUGCCAAUGCCAAGAUCUUUCUUAAAGGACUCAGCGCUCGCUCGCGUAAGCUGAAUAGAUCGAAGAAGUUGACGGUGAUGUCGGCUCUGGACACAAUUCGCGGCAAUGUGUCGGACAAAGACGACGAAUAUAUCAAUAGAAACGAUUCUGAGUCGGAAAUGGACGAUGAAGCAGACGCAUACGCUACGACUGAUGAUUCGUUUUCGCGCAGCAAGUACCUACCACCUUUGGAGGUCCAGUCACAGCUACAGUUGAUGUGGCAAAACGAGGAUGGUCUGAUGGAGCUGCUCUAUGGUGACCGGAACAUUGCCAGUGGUCGGACAUCUGUGCGCAAGCCUGACGGCUGGCGCAAGUUCUUUUUGAACGUAAUUCCUGUAGCACCUUCACGUUUCCGCCCACCUGUGUUCAUGGGUGACAAACAGUUUGAGCACGCCCAAAAUACUCACCUAUCUAAGAUUAUGGCACUUAGUGAAAGCAUUGUUCAGGGCGACUACGUCAAGCGUCAGACUGCUACUACUUCGGAUGAAGACGAUGCUGAAAAGGAAGCACAGGUAAAUCUGUCGCGAAAGCUUGCUUUGUGGACAGAGCUGCAAAGUGCUGUAAACCUACUCGUGGACAGCAGCAAAGCCAAGCCCGGUACCGAUGUUGCUCAGGGUAUUAAACAGGUUAUUGAAAAGAAAGAGGGUCUUUUCCGCAAACACAUGAUGGGAAAGCGUGUAAACUACGCCGCUCGUUCGGUUAUUUCUCCUGAUCCGUAUAUCAGUACUAGCCAGAUUGGCGUGCCGCUUCGUUUCGCCAAGAUGCUUACGUACCCUCAACCGGUAACACCAUGGAACGUGGAGGAAAUGCGGCAGCUCGUCAUUAAUGGACCAGAUGUGCACCCUGGUGCAAACUUUGUAGAGAACGAAAGUGGUCGCCUGAUUGAUCUGAGCAAGCGCUCAUUGCAUCAGCGUGAAGCUAUCAGCAAGACGCUUCUUACGCGCUCAGCUAGCGCGCAAGGUACGAGCAAGAGCCGCGUAAAGCGCGUAUGGCGUCACCUGAAGACUGGCGACGUUGUGUUAAUGAACCGUCAGCCAACUUUGCACAAGCCGAGUAUUAUGGCCCACACCACGCGAGUUCUUACAAAUCCAAAAAUGCAGACGAUUCGUAUGCACUACGCAAACUGUAACACAUUCAACGCGGAUUUUGAUGGCGAUGAGAUGAACAUGCACUUUCCGCAAAACGAGCUGGCGCGUUCGGAGGCAUACAAUAUUGCGUGUAACGAUAACCAGUAUAUUGUGCCGACGGAUGGUUCUCCGUUGCGUGGUCUUAUCCAGGAUCAUGUUGACUCGGGUGUGAAGCUUACUCAGCGUGAUACAUUCCUGACGAAAGAUAUGUACAUGCAGCUUUUGUACAAUGCCUGGGCCAGCAUGGAUGACGCUGGGGUUGAGACGGCACACAUUGAAACAGUGCCGCCUGCGAUUCUCAAGCCGGCACCGCUUUGGACAGGCAAACAGGUGAUCACAUCAGUUUUGAAGCUGCUGACGAAGGGUCUGCCGCCUCUAAAUCUCGACAGCAAGUCUAAGAUUAAGGGUGAUUUGUACGGUUCAUCAAACAAGGAGCAUAUAGUAAUCUUUCGCGAUGGAGAGCUGCUACAAGGUGUUCUUGACAAGAGCCAGUUUGGUGCAAGUAUGUACGGCAUGGUUCACGCUUGUUAUGAAGUAUAUGGCGCACGAAUUGCGGCCGAUUUUCUAUCUGCGCUUGGUCGUUUGUUCACGUGCUACUUGCAAUUUGCUGGACACACUUGCGCUAUGGAGGAUUUGACGCUCAAUAUUGCGGCCGAAAAGCGUCGUAACAAGCUUGUUAAGGAGUCGGAGAUCAUGGGCGAGGAGGCCUACGCCGAGUUUGCGGGUCUCACUGAUAUGCUCGACAAGAAGCGUGCAUCUGAGAAAGACGGUAAGAAGCGCCGAAUGAACGAGAUGGAGCGAGUGCAGAUUCGCGAUCGUAUGCGUACGCUGCUAUCUGGACCAGACGCUGACGACAACGCAAAGGCACUAGAUGCGCACAUGAUGGGCUGUGUUCACGGGUCUAACAGUGACAUUAUUAAGGCGUGUCUGCCGUCAGGUCAGUCGAAAGCGUUUCCAAAGAAUAACUUUUCUCUUAUGGUCUUGACUGGCGCCAAGGGUUCCAUGGUGAACCACUCACAAAUUUCUUGUGGUCUCGGUCAACAAGCCCUUGAAGGUCGCCGUGUCCCCAUUCUCUGCAGUGGUCGUUCACUCCCGUCGUUUGAGCCGUUUGACCCUGCCCCACGUGCAGGUGGUUACGUUACGGACCGUUUCCUUACUGGCCUGCGUCCCCAGGAGUAUUAUCACCAUUGUAUGGCCGGCCGCGAAGGCCUCGUUGAUACGGCUGUAAAGACCAGUCGAAGUGGUUACCUUCAGCGUUGUCUGAUCAAGCAUCUUGAAGAUCUACAGGUUGGCUACGAUCAUACUGUGCGUAACAGCGACGGCAAUGUGGUCCAAUUUCUCUACGGCGAGGAUGGAAUUGAUCCAGUGCAAAGUGCCAUGCUGUCCGGUAAUGAUGCGCAGUUUGAUUUUCAGGCGAUGAACCACCGUAGUAUAUCGCACAAGUAUGGUAUCAACGCUAGGUUCUUCGAAAAAACAAAGCUGGACAUCAUGAAGCCGCUGCAGCUUCACAAAGAGAUUUGUGCAGCCAAAGAUAGCGACUUUACCAGCACAUCAUCGGUGCUGAAGCUUGGCAUGAAGAUCAUGGCCAGACGCUUGAAACAUGGAGAGACGAAGUGGAAGUGUGGGCACAUUGAGAUUGGCUUUCAUGCGGCCGAGAUUGUGGCGGUGGCUGGUGAGACUGAGGAUCCUCGUGAGUGCACGUACGAUAUUAGAUACUUGGAUACGGGCUUAAAGGCGUUCAGCGUACCUCGUACUACUAAAUUUAAGACAAGGAAGCCUGCAAAUGCAACCCGUGCCAUGUCUGGUCGGGUUGUCAUCAUCAAGGUAUCGCUUGAGGAUCCGGUGAUGCAGAGCUUGCCGUUGAAUGAGCACGUCGGUUUGAUAUCGGAACGCAUUCAGGACAAGUUGCGCCAGUACAACGAGCGCAACCCUUCGAAAUGUUUGCAAUUGAUGAAAAAGAAAAAGAGCAAGAAGUCGAAGAAAAGUAAACGCGCUGCAGAGAAUGAGAUUGAUCGCGAGGUUAUGCAGUCGAAGCACGCCGUGGGCCCCGAUGCUUUCCAGCUUCUUGUAUGGGUUAAUUAUUUGCGCAGUAUGUGCGCUCCUGGUGAGAAUGUCGGUAUCUUGGCUGCGCAGGGUAUUGGUGAACCGUCGACACAGAUGACGCUAAACACGUUCCACCUUGCUGGCCAUGGUGCCGCUAAUGUAACGUUGGGUAUUCCGCGUCUGCGUGAAAUUAUCAUGACAGCUAGUCAGAAGAUGUCGACUCCUAUGAUGACUAUCCCUCUACGCGAUGAUGUGGAGUCUUCACGAGCGCAGGAAGUGGAGCAGCGUCUCAAUCAGGUAGCUCUUUCGGAACUUAUCAACAGUACCAACGGUGUUCGCGUCAAGGAUCAGUUCCACAGUAGCGAAAAUGGUAUUCUUUGGGUGCGCGAUUACCACAUUCGUUUGACUUUCUUUGAGCUGAAGGAAAUCAAGCGCGUGUUUGGACUAAAUGCCGAUCAGGUAUUUAGCUCUGUCGGACGUGGAUUUGUUGGCAAGCUACUCACGCUUAUCUGCCGUGAGAUGAAGAGAAGCGGUGUAACUGUAUCUGCUGCGGCGGAGAAAAACAACUUUAGUGUGCCUUUAGGUGCUAAAGCAAACCGAAAAGAGAAGAGCGAUGAUGAUGAUGAUGAUGAUGACGAUGAUGAGCAGGGAACUCUUCGGUUUGGCAGCCGUGGCGAAGUCCAAGGCUAUGGUGAGAUGGACGAAGAGGACGAGAAGAUUCGAAAGUUGCAGAUGGCGAACGAGGAUUCGGAAAUGGAUUCUGAUGACGACGUGGGUAACAAAAAGAGCAACCACACGAGCAAUUCGGAUCACGAGCCCGUGGAGAACGGCUCCAAAACCUCACUAAACAAGACCUUCAACGCUGAUGGGAUGGACUCCCUUGAGGUACCCAACGGUGUGCGCAAGAAUCCUUACUUUGUGUUCUGCGGACGUAACGACAAAGAAAAUUUUGUGGAGCUGCACCUGCGUUUCCCGACGCACUUUAAGACACUGCUGAUGGUGCCGCUCGUAGAGAAGGUCGCUAAGCAAGUGUUGGUGCAGUACUGUCCUGGCAUUUCGCGAUGCUACUUGAUUAAUCAGCGCAUCGGCGAAUCACAGGAGGAGAAACCAUGUGUACAGACGGAAGGUCUGAAUUUUCAAGAGAUUUGGGGUUUCGACGACAUCCUGGAUGUCAACAACCUUGCUACCAACGACAUCUACCAGGUGUUACAGACGUACGGUGUUGAGGCCGCACGCGCAAGUAUUUCGAAGCAGAUCACGGAAGUGUUUGGCGUGUAUGGAAUCAGCGUCGAUCCUCGUCAUUUAAGCUUGCUCGCCGACUACAUGACGACACAGGGUGGAUACAUGCCGCUCAAUCGUAUGGGUAUGAACUACAAGGGUUCAUCCUUGCAGCAGAUUACGUUUGAAACGUCCAUGAAAUUCUUGUCUCAGGCCGCUUUGGGUGGUCUAGUGGACAAACUAGAGAGUCCGUCUGCUCGUCUGGUGCUUGGCCAGCCGCCACGCGUAGGUACAGGCAGCUUUUCGCUUUUACAACCAGUUGCAAUAUAUACAGAAGCCGCUCGAUACACAGCUCAGCAAACGUGGUGCAGUUAG